CAGAGAUGGAACCAAGGAGGUUAGAGGGGAAAUGGGAGAAUGAAGAGCCGGACACUGAGGAGCCUCUGCCCACAAUAAAGAGGGAAAUGGAUCCCAUUCCUGGGGCCGGCAGUUCCUUGAAUAGCAGUGGGAGGUCGGGUUCUGGGAACUCAAUGCAAUUAAAAGAGGCAGCAAGUCAGGUUCUUCACACCAUUGGCUCCUUUAAUUCGCUGGUUCCAGAUGAGGAGUCGCCAUGCCCAAGGAAGCAGAUGGUCAGUGAAGGAGGGAAACCAUACAGCUGUACUAAGUGGGAGGAGCCAUUCAGCACAAAGGGCCUUCUCUCUGCGCAAUGUCUGCUCCACCAAAAUACGGAGAUAAGGAGAAGCUCCUCUUCUAAGAAGAACCAGAGAAGUCAAGCAAUGGAUCAUCCUGGUACAGAACUGGGGGUUAAAUUCUCAGAAAAGGGCUGCAUUGGGUGUCGCCAUAAAACAAGUGCUAAAGACAAGGAGAAACCAUACACCUGCACAGAUUGUGGUAUCAGUUUCUCUGCAAUGGCCAAGCUGCGGCGGCAUCAUGGUAGUCGGGCAGUGAAACAACCUUUCACUUGUGCCUUUUGUGGGGGAUGUUUCCCUCGAAUUAGCUGCCUCCUCAUACACCAGAGAACUCACCCUGCUAAGACGGUUUUCACUUGUCAUACGUGUGGGAGGAGCUUCUCUAACCGCACCUGUCUUCUCAGUCACCAGAUCUCCCACGCCGAGGAGAAACCCUUCACCUGUUCUGAGUGUGGGAGAACCUUCUCCCAGAUAGGCACCCUUAGCUCCCACCAGAGAAUCCAUACUGGGGAGAAGCCGUUUAGCUGCACGGAAUGCGGAAGAACCUUCUCACAGAAGAGCACCCUUCGCUCCCACCAGAGAAUCCACACAGGGGAGAAACCCUACACCUGUUCAGAAUGUGGGAAAAGCUUCUCUUUAAACAGCACCCUGCACACCCACCAGAGAUACCACAGAAAGGAGAACAAUUUCACAUGUGGAGAAUGUGGGAAUAAGUUUCCCACAAAGAGCAACCUCCUCCAGCAUCAAAGAAUUCACACGGGGGAGAAACCAUUCAUCUGCACGACGUGUGGAAGAAGCUUCACUCGGGGAAAUAGCCUUCGGGAUCACCAGAGGGUUCACGCACGGGGAAAGACUUAAUGUUUGCCAUGAUAAGUUUGUCUUUUCACAUGAAAUGUAGAAACAUUCACAGAGCUGUAGGAAUUGGAACUUUAGGGUUAAAGUACCAGAGAUAUAUGUCCAAGUCUUCUCAGCUAUGAUUUUUGUUAUCAUUAUGGGUUUGGUGGUUUGUUACACGUAUUGGUGAUAAAGGCGGGGCUAAAAGAAGUGUGAGCCUCGUUUUCAGCUUC